AUGCAAAACAAUAAUGGUCCCAAGAAAUUCAUGGGCCUUGGCGGAAAUAUGUUUUCGAGAUCUAUGGUACAACCAUGGGGAAAUAUGCAACCUCCACAGUAUGCUCCAAUGCCGAUGUACGGAGGAUCAAUGAUCAUUGAUAAUUCCGAACAACAAAAAUCACUUCCUGAUAUAUACACGACCUGCCCAGAACUUAAGAAGUUCCAAAUGCCAAUUUUAAUAGCACAACCCACACCCAACGAGUUCAAUUUACCACCUCGUCAAAUUCCGAUGGCUAUGCCUCCACCACCACCGAUGGCUGCACCACCGCCAGUCUGGAGGCCACCACACAUUCAUACUCCCCGUCCACCGCCACAAGUCUAUAUGAAAUUUGAUCCUAAUGCACCAAUUAUUAGACCGUAUGUACUUUUUUAUCUGGAAGCUGAAUUUUAUUAG